AUGUCGGGGUACCCGUGCAUGACUUUGACUGUCCGGGCGGCCCCCCCGCCGGUGCCUUCCUUGUGCGGCUGCGGGAGCGGGCGGGGAGGGGCGGCGCAGCCCCGCAGCCGGCGCGGGAAGCCCGUCAGCGCCGGCCCGGGCGCGCAGCCUCUUCCCCUCGGCUCCGCACCGGCCGCAGGAAGGCGCAGCGGGGCGGGGACUCGAGCGAGCAGCGGAGCCUCCCCCGGGGUGGGCAGCGAAGCUCCGCCGCCGGCCCGUGCCCCGGGAGCGCGGCGGGCCCGGGCCAUGUCGGAGGCGGAGAGCGGUGCCGCAGGCCCCCUUUAGGUACUGGAAGGUGCUCUAAGCUCUCCCUGG